CAGGAUCAAGGGACACAGACUGGAGCAAAGCUUCUCCAUAGGAACUUCUGCUGGGAUUUUCUACCAAAAAGACACGACUGGCUGGAACUCUCUAUGAGAGGACACAGUCAAUUUUAGACAACACUAGACGCAUACUGCACCAAGGACACGGGAAACCCUCCUCCCCCUCCGUGAAGGAGCGGUCAGCUCUCUAUCUGUCUGAGACAGCUGCUCACACAGGCAGCCUCCAAAAGUCUAAUACCACAAAGGAGAGCGCUACUCAUCCUCUUGACAACCAGAAAGCAAGCAAGAUGGCAGAGCUUCAGAACCAGACGUCAUCUAAAGUGAAUGGCAAGAAAAUGGAAGAGGACUUACCGCCCCCUCCCCUGCAGGACUCCUUCCAGGCCUCUACUUCCCUGGCUGGGAGCCAGGAUUCAAACCCACUGCCUCCCCCUAAGGAAUCCUUCUCAAAGUUCUACCAGCAGCGCCAGGUGAAUGAGCUAAAGAGGCUGUACAGGCACAUGCAUCCUGAGCUGAGGAAGAACCUGGAGGAAGCUGUGACUGAGGAUCUGGCGGAAAUGCUCAACACAGAAGAUCCCAGUGCCCAGGCCUCCGUGAAUCUGGAUGCAGUGCUCCCGGGGGAGGUUCAGUCCAUGCGCUGGAUCUUUGAAAACUGGACGCUAGACUCUAUCGGGGAGCAUCAAGCCACCAAGAAGUUGGCAGAGGAGGAAACCAUCCCAAGCGGGGAUGUGAAAAGCACCUCCAGGAGGUUCGAAAGCCAGUCGUUAAAUGGAGACAAGCUGUCUGCAUUGACCAAAGUGCCCACGACAGUCCACACCAAAGGAGACGUGCGUACAGCCCGGUGGCUGUUUGAAACCCAGCCGCUGGACUCAUUAAACAAAAUGUACUCAGAUGAAACAGAUGUGCAGGAGGCAGUUCUCAAGGAGCCUGUUCCAAGAGGGGACGUGAAAGGUGCCAAGCAACUCUUUGAAACCCACUCCCUGGAAGCGCUGGGCCACUACAGCUCAGUGGAGGAGCAGAGUAUCCUGCAGCUCAAAUCAGAAAUCCAGGAGCUAAAGGGCGAUGUCAAGAAAACCAUCAAGCUGUUCCAGACCGAGCCACUCUGUGCCAUCAGAGACAAAACCGGCAACAUCCACGAGAUUAAAUCCGUCUGCAGAGAAGAAAUACAGAGCAAUGCGGUCAGGACAGCUCGCUGGCUGUUUGAGACUCAGCCACUGGAUACCAUCAACAAGGACACCUCCAAAGUGAAAAUUAUCCGGGGGAUUUCUUUAGAAGAGGCAGGAAGGAGGGAUGUCAGUGGAGCAAGGUGGAUGUUUGAAACUCAGCCACUUGAUGCAAUCAAAGAAUUGACAGUGGAAGAAAAUGAUUUCAAGGCUUCCAUGGAUUUCGUUGAAGGGGCAGAUGUCAGUAAGCAGCGUCUACUUUUUGAGACCCAGCCUCUUGACUCUCUGAAAGGAGAAGUCUCAGACAGCGGCCCAGCCAAGGAAGAAGUCAUCGGUGGUGACGUGAAAUCUACACUCUGGCUGUUUGAAACCCAACCAAUGGAAACCCUGAAAGAUAAUUUUGAAGUAGGCCAUUUAAAGAGAGUGGGGCUUUUGGAAGAGGAGAGGGGGGAUGUGAAGCAAAGAAAGCAUGUCUUUGAGACCUGUCCCCUUGGCAGCAUCUCCAAGGCAUCCUCUGAAGACCACCCCUCAGCCUCUAAUGUACAAGAGGUGAUGAAGGGAGAUGUAAAAUCUUUCAAGAACCUGUUUGAGACUCUCCCAUUAGACAGCAUUAAGCAGUCUGAUGCUGAGCCUAUCACCAAACAAGAAGAGGAGAUACCAGCUGGGAACGUCAAAGCCAACCAAUUCCUGUUUGAGACAACACCUUUGUACGCCAUCAAAGACAGCUUUGGAAACUUCCACAAAGUCACCUCUGUAAGCAGAGAGCAGGUCAUGAGCGGCGAUGUCAAGAACUACAAAUGGAUGUUUGAAACCAAACCUUUGGACCAGUUUGAUGAUAGCACCGAGAAGGUGGAUAUAAUCAGAGGGAUCACAAAGCAGGAAGUGAUAGCUGGCCAUGUCAGAACAGCGAAAUGGCUCUUUGAAACCCAGCCCAUUGAUGUCAUCCAUCACCAAGCCAACCAAACAGAAAAGCACUCCUCAGUGAAAAGAGAGGUUACGCAGCGGGGUGAUGUGAAGACCUGCAAGUGGCUGUUUGAGACACAGCCCAUUGACACCCUGUAUGAGAAAGUGGAGAAAAAGCAGGAAGGGGAAAGCUCUGUACCACAGGCUGACGUUAAGUCGUACACGUGGAUGUUUGAGACCCAGCCCCUGGACUCACUGAAAGGCCAGGAGGAGCAGUAUUUGCAGGUCAGCAAAGCAUACUGCCAAGAUGACUUACAAGGAGUCAACGUCAAAACUGUCAGACAUCUGUUUGAGACUGAACCACUGGUCACCAAUGCCUCCAGUGAGACUGACUCAAAGAAAAUGGUCAGGUAUUCCAGCCACGUGGAGAUACAGUCCGGGGAAGUGUCUCGGGUGAAGGAGUUCUUUGAAACCAAGCCCUUGGAUGUACCGGGUAAAUUGGCUGCAGCCAUGAAGGAGAAUGGAGUCCCUGCAGAUGGGAACAUUGAAGCUGGAUCAGUGCACAAGUUCACCUGGCUCUUUGAGAACUUCCCCAUGGAUACUAUAAAGAACAACACUGAGGGCAUCCAAGAAAUCCCCCCCGAGAAGGAUAUCGAGGGCGGGGACAUCGGAGGCAAGAGGUUCAUUUUUGAGACCUACUCCCUAGACCAGAUUCAUGACAAGGUAGAUGAGACAGAGAUCAAGAGGAUUCAGGAGGAGACAAUGAGCAAAGCCAGCAUCAAGUCCUGCACCAUGCUCUUUGAGAGCCUGCCCCUAUAUGCCAUCCAGGACAAGGAGGGGGAAUACCAUGAGGUCACCUCAGUGAAGAAGGAAGAAAUAAUGAAAGGUGACUUGAAAGGUGCCCGGUGGCUCUUCGAAACCAAACCUCUGGAUCAAAUCAAGAAGGAGGAGGAAGUGUUUAUCAUCAGGGCUGUCACCCAAGAGGACAUCAAGAAAGGGGAUGUCCAGUCUGCCCGAUGGAGGUUUGAGACAGAGCCUCUUGAUUCCUUCUCUGGGGGGAAGAGGUCUGUGGCAAGGACAGUGGAUGAUGUACAGAAAGGAGAUGUCCAGUCCAACAAGAAGCUUUUCGAGUCUCAGCAGGUGAGCCAGAAGAAAUAUGUGAGGAUGGUCAGUGUCAGCGAUGUCCAGCAGGGCGACGUGAGGACAUCCACCUGGCUUUUUGAGAACCAGCCUAUCGAUUCCCUGAAGGGAGAGUCUGAAGGAAGCUCUAGCAUGACCACUGUGCAGAGAGAAGACAGCCAGAAAGGGGAUGUGAAGCGCUGCACCUGGCUGUUUGAAACUCAGCCCAUGGACAGUCUCAAAGACCCCGAGGGAUCUGCCAGCACCAAUGCCCCAGAGGUGGUCCCUUGUGCUGAUGUGAAGAGCACAACGUGGCUGUUUGAAACCACCCCUCUGGAUAAACUCAGCUCUUCUAAACACAGAACUGAAACUGAGGUGAAAGAGAGGACAGUGAGGGAGACUUUGGAAGGCCUCUGUGCCUGCCAAGCCAUCCAGCAUGACGGGAUCCUCAUCGAAGCCAAUGACGUAGGAAGCGUGAGGAUGGUGAAGUACCAGUUCAGCAGGCAAAGUACUCCAGAGAUCCAAAAGGAAGAGAUUGUGGGAGGCAAUUUGCAAAGGAUCAUGCUGCAACUACUGCACAGGACCAAUGUGGAGCCCAAGGGGAUGCUGGUAGAGGAGGACGAGGAGGGCAAGAUCAAGGUCAGCCCGCUGCAGCUACUGGACCCAAGCGAAGCCGAUAAAAGCAAAGAGGAGUUGAGGGAUGAUGUUGCUAAGGCUCUCCAAAGUCUCCUUAGCCAAGAUGCCUCCAUCAAAAAGGGAAUGGUCAUGCAAGAGACAGAGGUGGGGUCAGUGAAGAUGACUAUCUACUCCCUCCUGCACCACUCCGUCCAGCAGGAAGUUGUCAAGGGGGAUGUGAAGUCAACUAUAGGGAACCUGCUGGCUUCCUCACAAGAGCAGAGGAUGAUGGCAACCGUCAAACGGGAGGACAACGAGAAGGGGAAUGUCCAGUUGUACACCAGCUGCAUCGAGAAGGGAGACCUGGACUAUUUAAAGAACCUGCAGCGGGAGUCCGAGAUAGAGUCCCUCGUCUCCUCUCAAGCAGAACAGCAGCCAGCUGAAUUCAUCCAGCAGGAUGUGCAAGGGGCUAAUAUGCAUGCCUUGCAACAGGAAGAGCCAGCAGAAAAAGUGACUGCAGAUGUGGGACAAGGGGGUAUUAAGGGGGCUAAAAGAGUGCUCAUGUGUGAAGCUGUUAGCAAAGAGAACAAGUUAGAAAGAGAGGCAGUGCAUGCAGGUGGACAAACCCUGAGCCUGCCCACAGGGAUGGGAAAGGAAGAUAUUGUGUGUGGGGAUAUUCAGGCGACCCCACAGUCACUGCAAAAGGCUAAGAAUGGGAGCAGGAAGGUGGAGAGAGAGGAGAGAGUCUCGAGAGAUGUGAAGGAAGUAAAGAUUGCACCACAGGGAGCAGCCUCCACCAAAGUGGCAGCUCAGAAAGAUGACAUGGCCAGAAGCCAGUGUUCCGUGGCAGGGGAAACCAGCCAGACGACAAAAAAACUGGAGGAGCAGGCUCUUGGAAGUGAUCUUCAAGCCGCAAUGCAGAGUCUGAGGCUGGCCACAGCUGAGGCGAAAAGCAUUCAGCACCAAGUCCAGAGCAAGCGCCACAAGAGCACGGAGGAAAUCCAUCUAGCCUCUAAGCAGCAGGCAUCCAGCAUUUCGGGGCCAGUGAGCCUGCAAUCAACAGUUCGCCAACAGGAAUGUGCACCUGGCAAGCAGCAUCAAGCCAGCGCCACCGUUAGAGGCCAGGAGUCAUCCAAGUUCCACGCAAGUGUGCCUCAGAAGAGCAUGAUGUCUCACAAAAAGGUCAGUCCUUCCGAGGAAGUACAGGGAGUGCAGCAUUUGUGCCAGAAAAGCCAAGUUGUACCUAGUGCAGAUAUUAGCGUUAAGGAUGAUCUGUAUACUGCCAAGCCAGUGAAACCCUAUGUAAAUCCUUUUACUGAGUCUGAGUACAAAGAGCAAUCAGUGCAAGAAGAAAGAGAGCAAGAUGUUAUGCUCAGAGGGGAUGUAAAGACAGCUAUCAGGGCACUGCAAAGUGCUGCAACAGAACAGAGACAAGUAGAGAAGGAGGAUGUUGUUCGAGGUAACUUAAAGGCCACUCUUCAGUCGCUGGAGAAGUCUAACGUUAAUGUCUCCAAAGGGGAUUUUAAAGCCGCUAUGAUAUACAGAAAUGCAGGGCAGUCAUAUUCCAUAUGUAAAAAGGAAAAUGAGACUCAAUCAAUUAGUAGCCAGACAGCUGUAGUGGCUUCAGGGUCCCAGUCUGAUAAUGACUUUCCUCCUCCUCCCCCAGUUGCUGUGAUGAAAACUAAGUGUUGUCCACCCACGACACAAGCAAGAGAAGCUGCCCCUUCUCAACCGAGCAAAAAAGAUGAAGCCCUGGGAUGUUCUGCACCCAUGCACAACGCUCUCCCUAAGACCCUAAAUCCCACAUCCACCAAAGCCAAUGAUCAGAGGCCUUCAGAGAAACCAGCGAUUCUCCUCAAACCGGAAAUUACUGCCCCUCCAAGGAGGAAACCCAUUCCACCUCCAAAACCUGAGCGCUUCCUGCAGGAGGCACCUUCACACCCUGCUAGCAACAGUAAAGGGAGGUUGACAAAGCUAGUCCCACCCCCACUGCCUCCUAAACCUCCAGGCCUGAGCGAGCUAAGCAGAGCAAAAACCCCAUCCAUGAAUCAGGCAAAGGACUCGUGUUGUGCUGAUGCCUCAGCACAGGUGGGAUGUGGGGACUGUCACUCAAAGUGCUGUACCCCUCAAUCACCAGUGGCCAAUGCUGUUACAGUAAAGAACUCUGAGAAGAAAGCACCAAAAGACAUUAUCAAAACACCUCUUCAGAUAGCAGAGGAAAGGUACAAGGCAAUCAAGGAAGAACAGGGCAGGCAAGAGUCAGUAGACUCUAAGCCAUCAAAGCCACUUAAAAAUAGAGUGACUGGCUCUGAAACAGAACAAGUGAUGACCAAAGAGAAGGCAGCAGCUCCAAGGAACUACUAUCCAGCUGAGGAAAUUCAGGGACACAGACUUUCAUCUGGCCAAGAGAACAGCUGCACAUUAACGUCAAAACAAGAAUGGCUGGAUGGAUAUCAGACAGGUCUUACUAACCCUGAGAGUGAGAAUAAGCCAAGUACCUCUCCUAAGAAUCAAGCUACCCUUCUGAGAAAACGAUCUGCCCCAGCACUAAAUGCCUCACCUAAGACAGAAAGUGCAAGCAUGUCUAGUACCAAUGGGCCAUGGGAUAAUCAGAGCACCACCCAGAAAACAAAUCAGAGAAGACAAGAAGAGCCUUCAGCAUCUUCCCAUCAGCAUUCCAGGGACCUUUUUAAGGAGCAGCAGCAGGUGAACAGCAGACAAGGGGGACAUCUUGAAAUGAAGAGGGAGCAGCUUGCACAGAAGCCAGUGGUGGUCAUGCGAGAAAAGGCCUGCAGAGAAACGGACGAUGAACGUCGCAAGAGACUGUCUUUCCACAAGGAGGAGAUCAUGAAGGGCAGCGUCAAGGAGGCUAUGGAGAUCUUUGAGAACCUGCGGAAGCAGGAGGAGCUGCAAGAGAUCCUGACCCGAGUGAAAGAGUUUGAGGAGGAGACAUUUAAGGUGGAUGUGAAAGCCCUAAAGAGCUUCUUUGAGAAUGUCCCAGAAUGGGUGGUGCAUCAGAAGCCUCACCAAGUGACGCAGCAGCACAAGGUCGAAAAGGCCGAGCAAACGGCGAAGGAAGACUCUGACAGCGUCUCCUCUGUGGAGCUGGCUUUUGAAGACCUGGAGAGGGCAAGUGCUGAGAUCAUCCACCUGAAGGAGCAGACACUAGCUAGGUUGCUGGACAUUGAGGAGGCCAUUAGGAAAGCUCUCUAUUCCGUUUCUAAUCUAAAGUCAGAAUCAGACAUAGCUGGGCUCUCUGGGCUCUUUAAGGAGUCACUGGGGAAUGCCCAGAGCCCCACAACCAGCAACAAUAUCCGCAAGAUCAGCAUCGUGUCCAGCAAAGCCAAGCAAGAAAAAGCAGCACAAGGGACGCUGAAUGCAGCAUCUGUGGGAAGUGCAAAUGGGCCAGAAAAGACGGAGAUGUCCAAAGGAGAGUUAGAGGUCCCCUGCAUCAUUCAGCAGCGCGUAAAUUCUCCAUCAUCUCCUUCCUAUAUCUCCAUUGAGUCUGCUGCCAGAAAGCCUGCAGAGUCACCCAGGAUGGCAUAUUCUCCCUGGGAUACCCCCUUACCAGAUUAUCCCAACAUGCCAGGAAAAAGGGACACAUUCACUCAGGACAUCUUUAACUCGUUAACUCACAAAUCGGUGGGGUCCGGUGGAUGCAAUCCAGCUCUCUUGGAGAAUGAACACGAGCCCAUCCAGAUGAAGAUAGGAUCAAACUCAAUUAGGCAACACCAUGUCAGCAAUGAGCCUCAUCUCAGUGGCAACAGUGACAAGGAGAUGUGUGCACCGGCCUCAUCCAAAGGCAGCUGCCAUGGUGCAAUCAAAGGAGGCUUUUCUGACUACAAAGCUCCCCUGAACAUCUCUAGCCCACAGAAUCCAAGGAGGCAGAAAAGCAUAUUAGAACUACAGACAGGUCCAGAUGGAUCCAAGCUUUAUGGAGCCACCAGAACUGUGACUGAGCAGUACGAGGAGGUGGAUGAGUUCGGAAACAAGAUCAUCACUUCAUCCACCACUGUCACCAAGCAAGCAGAGACCCAAACCUCCUCUACGUGCAAUGUGGUCUCUCCUCCCCGGUAUGAGAUAACCGCCUCACCCCUCCUUCGGAGAUACCUAAACAGCCCUGGUGAAGAUUUCCACUCCAAUGGCAGCUUCCAGGAAACAGGUGUGGUCUUUGUCACUUUUGGCAACUCCAAGCCAAAGAAAUAGAAGGCUUUGAAUGUGGGAGAUGAUAACCAGGUAAAGAAACAAUGAAUUCACUGAUUUAAUAACCAUGUGACAUACAGGAACUCCACCAAGCCUUGUGAUUCUUUUAGGAUAUUCUCCUAGUGUUUGGCGUACAAAUACAAUUCAGGGCCAGCACUUGUGGUAAACAACAUCCUUCACCUCACUAACCCGACAGACUUGGAGUUACACCACAUCUGAAGAUCUGAGUCUUCGAUAGCAGCACAAGAAAGAAAAUAAACAAAUGGGUGUUUCGGUGUGGUUUCUUCACCUCUGAAUAGUGUUUGCGGGUGUGUCCAGGACAUCUCUGAACACAGGCAGGAAAAAAGGACAACUAGAGCCAGCCAAAAGAACUAGCCUGUCUGGGUAUUUUGGAAACAGACUCAUUUAUCCUACCUUGUCCAUCUCUUUCCGAUAUCAGUGCAGAUCUCCCAACAAGCAUAUGUCAUCUCUCUCUCUCUCUCUCUCUUUCUCACACACACACACUCAUGGAUGUGUUGGAAUAGUUUUUGCUCAGCUAGUAAAAGAAAGAACAUCUUCAAAUUGCUUUCGCGGGGGUGGGAGGAGAGAUACUUAGCAGAAACCAGUACAAUAGCAAGUAUUCAGUACUACCUAAAACUGUAUAAAUCAGGAUUUCCAGAAUGUUUGUCAGUGUCAUUCCCCCUCAGGUGGACAUGAAGAAAGAUACUCUAGUUAAGACUGUAUCAAGUUCAGCUAAAGAAUUAGAUGGUUAUUGCUUCCCUUUCUUUCUUUUUUAGACCUGUAAUUUAUAAUUCAUUAUAUACAAAAUCUUUUAUUUUAGUGUCCAUGCAUUCUUAUGUUUAAUUUUUAAAUCCAUUUUGAAACUUUGUAAAGAAAUUUUCUUUUUAUUAUUAACUUGUUUUGUACAUUCUCAACUCAAGAUAUUAGAUAUUUUGUGCCCCCCCCCUUUUUUUUAUUUCUGCAUUUUGAAGGUAAACAUUACGUCUGAAAAUACUCUGGUCUGGUUAUUUUCUUUUGCCACAUGUUUGAUUCAAUUCAAAGUAUUUAGAAUGCCUCUGCUGAUGAAAUAGUUGCAUCUUUCAUUGUCACCACCAAGCUUUAUCAAUGAAAGCUAAAAAGAAAACAGAGCUAGAACUGGUAGAAAAAAAAUGAAUUGUCAACACAAAUGUAUCACCAACAACAAAAAUCCAACCAAAAAAAAGAAUUUUAUCAUUUUUCCACAUUUUUGCUCUUUUACAACCAUAUUCUUUUGAAAAUUCAGAAUUAAAAGAAAAAAUCUGCAUACUUUGACCAGCUAUAAAAACAUGAGCAAAGAACAUGUCUAAUGUUUGAUAAGUUGAUUGGAGUUACAUUGGGCUACCUUAUGAUUUGGUCAUACAAGACAGCAAGAACACCUCUGCGCUGCCGAGUUAAUUUGCGUCAUCGGUGUCCAGCUCUGAGCCAAGCCUGGUGUGAGCAGUCAUACUACAAAGCCACAUCCCUGUUAGUGUGUCCUUACUUGGUGCUGCGCUCACUCACAUGCCUCACUAGGAUUUCUGGGGGCAUAGCCCAUGGCUUUCAGAGCUACAGUGAAAUGAACUGCUGUGUGAUUCUUUUCAAAUGACUUACGAGAGAACUUGUCUGUUUUUCUGGGCACAGUUGUGGGAAGGCAUUGGAGGACUAUCAGCACUGGAGUGGUUUAGACUGUGUCCUCACUGCAAAGUAUGUGGGUUACCUGCCUGAGUAAGCAACACUUGGGUUUUAGCCUAUACACCAGAUGAGCCAGCUAGCCCAGGUGUAAAUCUAGGUUAACCAGAUGUCCCUGUUUUAUAGGGACAGUCCCAAUUUUUGGGUCUUUUUCUUAUAUAGGCUUCUAUUACCCGCCACCUCCAUCCUGAUUUUUCACAGUUGCUAUCUGGUCACCCUAUGUAAAGCACCACCAAACUCGGGCAAGAGGGGUUUGUGUGUGGAUUGCAGCUGGAUUAGGGACAACACCUGCUUAAGAACCCUCUGCGCAGGCUGCUCAAACCUUGAGUUAACAGGCCUUCUCUGGAGCAGGCUCCAGCCCCAUUACUUGUUGGCCAACACCCAAGGUGUAGCAGUUCACUGUUAGUACAGGCCAGCAGCAAAUUACUCCCUCUCCCCCAGAGCAAGGAGGAAGCAAAGGUGUUGUGACUCAGCAAGGUGUCUGUGCCCCUCAGGGCUACAUGUGGGGCAGUGCAGCUGAUGCCUUCUGCUCAGGAUCUGCCUAAAGUCACAAUCUAGCCCUUCCUCUGGAAAUGAAAAGAGUUACUCGGGAUUUUUCUCAAGCUGUGUGAGAUCAUGGAGGAUCUAUUAAAAAACUAACCCAGCAGUGCGGCCUAGUGGUUAAGGCCCUAUGGAUUCUCUUCCCAGAAAUGUCAGUGGGUAUGUUGGGUGACCUUGGGCAAGUCACUUGGCUGCUUGGUGCCUCUGUUUCCCCUUCUGUAAGAUGGGACUAAUGACACUGAUUUAUUUUGUAAAGCACUUUGAGAUCUACUCAUGAAAAGCACAGUAUAACAGCUGGGAAUUAUUAUUAUUAUUCUUUCUACCAAUUCCCCAUUGAGAUAGAAGGGGUUUUGACACUUACACUGAUGAUUAACAAGAAAAAAAAAUGAAAGAAAAUAUCUAUUCCUGCCACAUGUAGUUAAUGCAUAGAACCCGUUGCCUCGAGAUACCCAAGGAAGUUAAAGUGGCUAGAUUAAAAGGUCAGAGUCUUUCUAUGCUUGCCCAGCACUCGGUGAACUGAGAUAAGGAGAAAGAUAAUCAGACUUCAUACUUCAGGACAUAAGCUGAUCAACUGUGGGGAAGCCAGGAAGAAACCUUAUCUCCCAUAUAUGGUGCUGCAUGCAUCAGUCAGCUAUGUUAUGGCUGGUUUAUUCCUUUGAAACAUAUGGCAUUGGUCCCUGCAGGAGGUAGGAUGUCUCAUUGGGUGGACCAAACGAUCAGAUGCAGAAUGGAAACUCAUGGAAGAUACAUUAAGAAGGAACACAGGGGCUCAUCCAGUGAGCCGAUAUUGUCAUGUGGUGGGGAUCUGAGUUCACUCCUCACUCCUUGGGGAACAGGGUCUGAGAGAGCUAAGCUCUGGAAGGAGGGAGCACCUCACAUAUAACACUAGGGUGACUCUUCCAGAUGACAUAUGUAGUAGCCCUGAUAAGCUCCAGCCGGAGCCUUGAUGAGCCUUUCUUGGAGCAUAGGAGGACCCCUUGAAAUGGAAAAACAAGUAUAAGGAACAGCUCCAGCCCUUAGAAAGAAUGCACACACACCCAAGAGUGAUUUUUAAAAGUGGGAAGAUAAGGGAUUUGACUUUGGGCCAUGUUAAAUUGAAGUUGAUGAUGAGACAUCCAGGAGACAAAGUCAGAAAGACAGGAGGCAAAAGGAGGGAUAGCUCAGUGGUUUGAGCAUUGGCCUGCUAAACCCAGGGUUGUAAGCUCAAUCCUUGAGGGGGCUACUUAGGGAUGUGGGGCAAAAAUUGGUCCUGCUUGUGAAGGCAAGGUGCUGGACUCAAUGACCUUUCAAGGUCCCUUCCAGUUCUAGGAGACAGGUAUAUCUCCAAUUACUUUUCAGUUCUGACCAGAACUCAGAAGAACAGAGCUGCACAAAACAAUAAAGCAAUGGGCAAAACCACGUAGGUCCAUGCAAGACUGAGUGCACCUGGUCUUGGAGAAUAAAAAGAUAUUCAAGCAUUUUAGCUCCUCCAGCAUUGUUUUGUUCAGGAUCAAUUCUGUAAACAGGACUAACCGGGUUUAUUUUGAUUUUUUAGAGUUGCUGUAGAAAAUGUUUCCGCACUGCUUUUCUUAUUCCUCCUUGACACAAUAUUAAUUAGUUUCAAGUUCCCCAUGUAUCUGGUUUAUUUUAUUUAAUUUUAAAGACAGCUGCAACGCUGCUUUAGCAAACUGCAUAUUGCUU